CCCCUCCCCUUCCCUAGUCCUUAAAGCUUAUCAAAUAUUUGUAAUUUGUAAUUGAAACGUGCCUACGUCCUACGUUUGGUUUGUUGCAUCGAUGAUGAAUUUGGCGCUAUCCUUGUCAGUCCUGUACUCGAAUCUCACUUGAAUCGCGCAUAUUAUGCUAAAGUGGCCAAAAGUGAGUGGCCAGAAAUGGCAUAGCGCUGCGCCAAUGUGCAAGAAUAUGCUGUUAGUGACCACGGGAUAAUCAGCGACGAUCAGAAGACAACUUUUGUGUCUGGCUAUGUAUUUGAUCUUGAUAAAUGAAGGAUGGGUUGUGUCAAUAGCAGAGCAGACAUUAACGAUCUGCAUCCCAACAUUUUUCAAGUAAUGAACGUAGACGAUGAUGGUAAUUUUGUUUCCCCUGGACGUUUAGAAGUAACCGAAGUAGACAUUAUAUUGUAUCAACGUGGCAAACAACAUAAAUGGCCGUUGCGCUGUUUACGACGAUAUGGGUAUGACCUGGAAGGACUCUUCAGUUUUGAGUCAGGCAGACGCUGCUCUACAGGUCCUGGUAUAUAUGCCUUUAAGUGUCGGAGAGCUGAAGAACUGUUUAAUCUUGUACAGACAAAAAUUCAGGUAUGCAAUAACAGUGGAGAUGAUACACUGUCCAGGGAUCUUCCAAUCCCGUCGCAUUCUGUGUCAGUAGCAAGUGUAGCAGUACAAAAUGUGGAACCUAAUUAUUUAGAUCCAAUAUCAUCUAGAAGUCACAAUCGUAUAAAUUCUAGAUUUCCUCAUAGCCAACAGAACGGUAUUAGAAGAUUAAACAGUGUUGGAAGUAGUAGUGGCCCAGUAUCGCCCCAAGGAACUUUGGGAUCACCAUCAUCACCCCCUAUGCUGCCACCACCGCCACCAAUUUCUCAACCUCAUCCGUCCUCUCUUUAUGUCAAUGAGGAAGUUUUGUCGUCCCUUCCCAUUGAAAUGGAGCGCAACAAUAAUAAAAGCCUUGGAAGGGCAGUACAAAGAUCACCACAAAUUGCUUCUAUGGUCAGUAAUGCGAUAUCCAUCAGUCAUAGACCUGUGGAAAUGGAAUUAUUACCCAUUCAAUGUAAUACAGAAAUAUCCAGUUGUGACGCAACGUCACCAUUAUCACCGACUAUGGUACCCUACAUGAACAUAGACAUCUGUAGCGAAUCCAACCCAAUUUCGCCAACGCACAGUACUUGCGAGAAUCAGCUCAAAGAAGAGAAUAAUGACAUAGAGGGAUUUGGACAUUCAUAUAUGAAUAUAAAUCCUGAACAAGAUCACACAGAGAACAUUGCCAUUAGAGUGCGUCCGCCUCCAUUGCCCGUCUUACAAUCGGACAUGGAAGAAGGUUCUAGGCAUUGCUAUGCUAAUCUAGAGGCAAGCGAAAUCGAAAGUCUGAGGAAGAGAUUCUCUGGCACUUCAGUAGCUGAGAGAUCGCCCUUGGCACCCUCCACGCCGACGGGAUGUCCGAUCAGGGAAGUAAAUUAUGCAGUUUUAGAUCUGGAUAAGAAAGACACACCUACUGGCGCAUCUGACAUUGUGAUAAACAUUGCUCCCUCUCCCCCCGAAUCUCCAAACAAGUCGCAAAAAGGCUAUGCUACGAUAGACUUCAACAAAACAGCUGCGCUCUCACACUCUGUUAAUCCUAAUCUCGUAAAUGAUAACGAAGGCUGCAGAAAAACUCGUCAUAAUUCAACGAUAAACGACCUGAUAACUCCGUGUAGGCAUAAUUCAGUAAGUGAAUAA